AUGAUCAAAGAGAUUCUGGUAGUGCCGGACCCGGGGCGGAAGAAAACCCAGUUGCAACUGCAACAACAGACAUAUAUCGAUUGGGUGGUGGCCUCUCUACCUCAACAGGAGGCUGAUUACCUAUUGGGUAACAAAGACCUUGAUGGCCUGAUCUUUGCGGCUACAGUCCAGCAGUUGCGUGGCCAAGAGCUUCCUGAAGGACACAAGAUGGUGUAUAUUAAUGAAGUGUUAUUGAUGUGGCACACGAUUGACGUGUCACCCAACAACUGCCUGCGGGCAUGCUACAUGGAUUUCAAAACAUUCACCGAAAUCAUUCACAUGCGCCUGGAUAAGCUACAGCUGGCCAUGAAAAAAUUUGCGGCCGUAUGGGGAGGUUUAGAUUUGACCAAAAAUUACAGAGAGGCCCCAGUUUUGUUCCGCCUUUCCAAUUCCUCACGCGAUCAAGGGGAUUCAACUUUAUGUUGCACGUUUGAGAGAUACAUGUGGGCAUUGCGCAGGUUGGAAGGCGUGCUUCCGGUAUGGCCGGGCAUCUUGGAGUGCCGGGCUGCAUCUCAUGACUACAAUGCCAUUACCUUGUUGGAUUCCAUCGCUCGAGACGUCACCCAAUCUCAUCGCCCCACGACAGAGCUAAUCACUUCAGGGACGAGGCUUGAUCCACAGAUUCCCAAACCUGUGGUUCUAAAACGUGAAGCCAGCGCCUCAAGACAGUUCAUCAAAUAUCCUGUGAAGCAAAAGAUGCUGGACGAGGCGAAGGAAUGCGGGGAAUAUCGAUUAUUCAUGCAACCGUAUGUCCCUGAGUGGGACGAGGUAGGCCAGUGGCGUUGUCUCAUGGUCAAUCAAGCCCUUUUCUGUAUCUUCAUUCACCCCGGAUCUUCCAGGCUGACCCACCACAAUUCCCGUGUCUUGGACCACAGCCUGCGGGAGGAUGGAUGGAGUUUGAAGGAACUGGGCAUGCUCAGAAAAUCCAAUCCGGAUCACUGCAAUUUCAUGAUUCGUGAGGGUGGAACGAGGGCAGAAAUUUCCCGGGCUCAGGCAGAAAUCCAGGAGUUCUUGGUGACGACACUAGCGGUCUUCAUCCGAGGAGAAGAGGUGAUGUUGGGUCGUCAGGGCCUUGAGAACAGGUUACGGCCAUCGUCCUUGAGGGUUUCUGCACGGGUAGAUCUCUCCGUCAUCACCGAUCCUGAAAGCAAGAAGCUCCAUUACUUCGUAACUGGUGUCUCACGAGGCCCGGGCAUGAUGUUGUAUGGCUCGGUCGACACCAAUACCAUCCGGAGGUACGCACUAGAGUUCGCACAUCCCUUCGAAUGCUGGAUUGGUCCACGCAAUCCACGUCCUCAAACCACGUCCUCGAUAUGA